AUGUCUCUGUUCUGUGGACACAAGACAGCAAGCACAAGCGCAAACGUAACCGGAACAGCUGAAACGGUUGAUUGCUUACCUGUGAUGAACGAAACGAGAACACCUCCUGGACCCGCUGCGUUUGAGAAGGCAACUGAUGAACUACAAUUGCUGCCAAAAAGCUCUCCUCCGGGAAGAAAGAUAACAGCUGAAACACUGUGGAACGAAAUCUGCAAAGAAAUGACAGGGAACCCUGUGGUCAGCUGUGCCUUUGUCACCUGCACAACAGCAGAAUCAUUUGCUGCUCCAUCCAUGUCUAAAAGUCACAGAGGCCGGGCAUCAAGAAGACUUCAAGAGAAGCCUACUACUGCCAUUAUCUGCUUAACGAACCCGGUGGCACUGACUGCUAAUGAAGCUCCAUUCAAGGAAGAUGAAUGGCAGAAGAUCGUUCACGCUAUAGUUGGCAAUGAAGUGGGCAACGGAAUUUUACGAGUCAGACCGUCAUCGGCACUUGUGUUCCUGAUGACCGUUUUGGUCUACAGCCUUUUUUAG